UUCCCUCUCCUCGCGGAGCAUGGCCCGCUCCCUCCUCUAUCCGCCAACAAGGCGCGAACUCGUACUCCUUCUCUCCUUCAUCGUCGUUCUCCUCCUUGUCAUACAACCGGACGUCACCAGCCACUUAUCAGAGUAUCGCGCCUACCUCCCUCUUCCCAUCGCCGACGUGGCACACUCUCAUCCCUCACCAUCGCCUCGCCCCGCCAAGGGUGCCCACCCAGGAGCACCAGGAGCAGAGGAUGGCUUGGAGGGUGUAGAACUGGACUGGGAUGGUAUACCGGAUAUGGAGGAGCUGAUCGACGAGGCUGCACAGGAGGCGAGCGAAUUGGGGGAUGAUGAUGACCUACCGAGGCAGAAGGUCGAGCAGAACGAUCUGCUUACGAUGUUUGGACCUAAGAGGGAACCGUAUGCUGCCGCUGUGAGGGAGUACUUUCCCAAUAAAAGGAUCACACCGAGCAACGUGCUCAGCCAUGCUCCGGGAUUCACCAUCUUUGAGAACCUCUACUUCCUCAAUGGCACAGCAUACAUCGUCUCCCUCGACCCCGAAUCCUUCCCCGCCCGCAACCUAAUAACUGGCUCGGGCUUUGGGAUCUACAAUUCGCCGGAGGAGGUCGCCAUGCGCGAGCCGACGGACAAGGAUAUGGUGAUCAUUUCCCCCUCUCGGGCAUACCAACUUUUCGGCGAUUCCGCGGUGCGGCUACACGGCACGUCCUGGUGGACGAAUGACCCGCCUCAGUUCAUCGCGCACUACUACCACUUCAGCGCCGAGCUGAUGUUCGGUCUCUGGCGAACCUACUCCUCGCUCGACCCGAGUAUUACCCCUCUCGGGCAGACGCGUCUGCCUGCCCCACGUCGCUGGCUCUUCCCGCACGUUCCUGCCGACAAGUGGCGCGAUUACGCAUCCAUGAAUCAAUACGUACUAUUCGCUUCCUUCCCCUCUACACAGCUCCUUUUCCAGCAAGACGUAGCAGAUAUGGCCGAAACGGGCAAGGCCUUCCUUUUUGAUCGGGUUGUCUAUUCCGACCGGAGCGCAGCAAUUCGCGGCGAGGGUUGGCUUCCCAGACAACGCAUGGCUGCACUCGCAUUUGUCCACGAGACAGUACGCAACUGGUGGGCGCCUAUCAGGUCCAACGUCGUCCGUUUCGCAGGGGGUGACCUCAAUCCUUUCCUUCACCCGCACUCGCCACCUCCUGCCCCUGGCCAGCCAGCGCCAGUUCAUGAAGAGCAGGAAGACAAACCCGUGAUCACCUACGUCUCCCGCCAGACCUGGGGCAGGAGGAUGCUUAUCGAGCAAGACCACGAGAGGUUUGUGGCUGCCCUUGAGAGGUUGAGCCAGGAGCAUGGCUAUGAGGUUAACGUGGUCAAUAUGGAUAAGUUGACGCGUGAUGAGCAGAUUCGCCUAGCGGGAAGGACGACUAUUAUGUGUGGUGUGCAUGGGAACGGCCUUACCUCCCUGCUUUGGAUGAAACCUACGCCUCGCACCACAGUAAUGGAGUUCUUCAUGCCGCAAGGCUGGGCGUUCGACUAUCAAUGGACGGCUUCGGCCCUGGGGAUGACCCACUAUGGGUGGUGGAACGACACCUACGUAACGGGGAGUAGCGUCCCGGCGCAGACGAACUACGUAGACGGGUUCCAGGGCAACGAGAUCCCUCUUGAUGGAGAGGCAGUAGCGCGUGCUAUUCACGCCCGAUUGCAGAUCCCCUUGGAUGCGCCCGCCCCUCCGCCAGCGCAGCCUUGAUCUCCCCAACAGCGACAGUUGUCUGCCUGCCGCAGUGCGGUAAGGAGUAGAAGAGACGGCGUGGGCCGUAUCCCAAACCGGUUGACACACCGACUUGUAGCCAUAUUUUGUUUUCCUCUCCCUCCCAGAGUCUAGCGUAUAUCUUGUUUAUCCCCCCCCCUUGCGGGUCAUGAGCACGCUCCCACGCUCUUUUCAACAACGUUUGAUGUUUGGUGUGGACUUGUACCUUUACUUUACUAGCUU